AUGGAUUUACCAAGAGAACUGGGCCGUUUCUCGCUUUGCGUUUUGUUUGUGCUGCUACGCUGCGGAUGGGAAUCUGCUUCUGCUCAGCUCUCAUAUUCCAUCUCAGAGGAGGCGAUCCCAGGGACUUCAGUUGGAAAUGUUGCGAAGGAUUUGGAUAUUAAUAUCCAUGAUUUGGAGUCACGCAUGUUUCAGAUCGUAGGUGCGUCAAAAAGGACGUAUUUUGAUGUCAAUUUGAAAACGGGCGUUCUGUAUGUGAAAGAAGGAUUAGACCGAGAGGAGCUUUGUGCCAAAUCCAAAACAUGUACUGUGAAUAUAGAAGCCGUGUUGAGCAACCCGAUGAAGCUUUACCGGAUAGAAAUAACUGUAAGAGACGUAAACGACAACGCGCCAGUUUUCUCGGAGCAAUAUCAGUCGAUUGAUGUGCCUGAAAAUACUUUACCGGGAGUAAAAUUCGGGCUAAUAGAAGCAUCAGAUUUAGAUGUUGGGCAGAACGGUGUUAAUACGUACAAGCUGAGUAAAAACGAUUAUUUUUUGUUGGAAAUAAACAAAGGAGGAGACGGUGCGUCUGCCGAGCUGGUGCUGAUGAAGUCGUUAGAUCGGGAGACAGACUCCGUCAUUGAGCUCACGCUGACUGCAGAGGACGGAGGAAAUCCACCAAAGUCAGGCACAUCAACGAUAGUUAUUAAAGUUUUAGAUACUAAUGAUAACCACCCUGUUUUCGGUAAAUCUUUAUAUAAGAUUCAGAUUCCUGAAAACGUAGAUGUAGGAACGAGAAUAAUUAUUUUGAAUGCGACAGACGCAGAUGAGGGUUCAAACAGUGAGGUAGAAUAUUCCCUGAGGAAAAGAGGUCAGGAUCAUAUUUUAGAUCUGUUUCAGAUUGACUCGCUAACAGGAGCGAUUAUGGUUAAAGGUAACAUCGAUUAUGAAGAGAAUCCUGCGUUUGAGAUCCAUGCUCAGGCCAGUGACAAAGGACAGCCUCCAAUGUCCGCUCACUGUAAAGUUUUAGUAGAGGUGGUUGAUUUGAACGAUAACGCCCCUGAGAUCACCGUGACGUCACUACUAAACACGGUGAAAGAGGACGCACCUGUAGGAACAGCUGUAGCCCUUGUGUCGGUGCUGGACAAAGAUGGAGGCAGAAACGGAGCAGUGACGGCUGUUAUUGUAAAUGAAAGCCCGUUUAAACUGGAAACCAAUUAUAAAAAUUAUUACUCGUUAGUGGUUAAUGGGCCGCUUGAUAGAGAGAAUGUGUCUGAAUACAAUGUUACUAUAAUGGCAUCUGAUGAAGGGACUCCAUCUCUCUUCAGCUCAAAAACAUUUAAUGUUCAGGUUUCUGACGUGAAUGACAACCCGCCCCGAUUCCCGGAACCAGUAAUUAAUGUUUACGUAAGAGAAAACAGUCCAGUAGGUGCGGUUAUUAAAACUGUGUCUGCAGUUGAUGCUGAUGUUGGGAACAACUGUCAGGUCAGCUACUCGUUUUUACAAAGUGAGAAAACAGCUUCAUCAUCUCUGGUGAACAUCAACUCAGAGACUGGAGACAUCAUCAGCCUGCAGUCUUUUAACUACGAGGAGCUAAAAACAUUUCAGUUUAAAGUUCAGGCCACAGACUCUGGUGUUCCUCCACUCAGCAGCAACGUAACUGUUAACGUUUUAAUCCUGGAUGAAAAUGACAACAAUCCAACAAUUCUGGCUCCUUAUUCUGAGCUGGGUUCUGUUAACAGUGAGACCAUCCCCUAUUCUGCUGAAGCAGGGUACUUUGUAGCAAAGAUCAGGGCUGUGGACGCAGAUUCUGGAUACAAUGCGCUGCUUUCUUACCACCUGACGGAGCCCAAAGGAAACAACCUGUUCAGGAUCGGAACCAGCACCGGGGAGAUCAGGACUAAGAGGAGGAUGAGCGACAACGACCUGAAGAGUCACCCCUUGGUGGUGCUGGUUUCUGAUAACGGAGAGCCUUCUCUGUCAGCUACUGUGUCUAUUGAUGUGGUGGUGGUUGAAAGCACAGCUGACAUCCAGACUCAGUUCAGAAACGUGCCUCUAAAGGAGGACAGCUUCUCGGAUCUGAACCUGUAUCUGCUGAUCGCCAUCGUGUCGGUGUCGGUCGUCUUUCUGCUGAGUCUGAUCAGUCUAAUAGCUGUCAGAUGCCACAGGACAGACGGUGGUUUCAGCAGGUACAGCGCCCCGAUGAUCACCACCCACCCUGACGGGAGCUGGUCUUACUCUAAAGCUACUCAGCAGUAUGACGUGUGUUUCAGCUCAGACACACUGAAGAGUGACGUAGUGGUUUUCCCCGCCCCGUUCCCACCUGUAGAUGCUGAACUGAUCAGCAUUAAUGGAGGAGACACUUUUACCAGAACGCAGACCUUACCUAGCAAAGACAAGGUAAGAUUAACGUUUGGCAUCAUCUCUUUUUUGAGACUCCCUUUGUUUUACACAACAUAGUUAACAUCUGCGAUGGCUUGGUCAAAUCCUGUUUGAAACUCUCAUUUGUGAAA